AACCCUCGAGUAGUCCGAUUCGUAAGUCGGCCUUUUUUACUUCAAUCACAUGAUUCUUAAUACUUGUGCUUUCCUAUGCUGGCACUUUUCCAACUUUUAUAUGAUGUUUUCAUUACUUUUGACAUUUAAAUUCACUGUACCCAACCCAACAUUAAUAUUUUUUCUCAAAAAUGAGUUGGCGAAUCGGAGAACUCCAGAAACCGUGUGAGUUGCCAUUUUUUCUUUUCCUGGAAUUUGACAGUGAAAAGUGAAAAUCCAUGCCAGUUGGCGUUUAAGAACGAAGGAGAGUAGAGCUUAGUAGAAAUGGGAGACGAUGCCCCUGAAAGCACCCUCGGGUCGGCGGAAGGCGCCCUGGCCAUCGUGGGCAUUCUCUACUUGAGUAAACUCGCCAUCACCAACGGCUGGGCUAUCCUGACUGGCCUGAGAGCGCACGUCUGGUCGAGGCUUUGGAAGAGAAACUUCGUGCAGCGAUAUGGCGAGUGGGCGGUGGUCACGGGCUGCACUGAUGGGAUCGGCAAGGAGUACGCCAAAGAGCUCGCCAAAACCAAGAUGAAUAUUGUCCUCAUUUCUCGCACCCAGUCAAAGCUUGAAAAAGUUGCUGCCGAAAUAAGUGAGGAAUUUGGUGUGAAGACAGAAAUUGUUCGGGCUGACUUUUCAAAUGGUCAAUCUAUCUACGAGGAUAUUUCAAAGCAUCUUAAAGACAAGGAAAUUGGUGUCCUAGUGAAUAAUGUGGGAGUAAUGCUUCCCCGUCCAAUGAAAUUUGGAGAAGCAUCAGAGUUCGACAUCUGGAGUCAUGUUAACGUCAAUGUUGCGGCAGUACUAGCUAUGACAAAACUAGUUCUACCUGGAAUGGUGUCCCGACACAGAGGCGCCAUCAUCAACCUUGCUUCAAUUGCAGGCACACAUCCACUACCCCUUAUGGGAAUCUAUGGUGCAACAAAGGCUUUUAUUGAUGACUUCUCCCAGGCACUGGAAUGGGAGUAUCGCAGCUCAGGAAUCACAGUUCAGACUGUUAACCCUUCUUAUGUGUCAACCAACAUGACCAGCUUUUCGGAUCUUGUUCAUAAGCAGAAUCCAGCAGUCCCAACAGCUGCAACAUUUGUGUCUCAUGCCAUUGCAACCAUUGGGUAUACUUGUCGUACAAGUGGGUACUGGAUUCAUGGAAUUGCAAAACAUACUGUGGAAAAUUACUGUCCAAAGUGGCUCUUCAUGUUCGCCAUGUAUAUGUGGAAUCUCCUCUUGCUACACAAUCUGAAGGAGAAUAAGGAAUGAGGCAGUAAAGGGGACCGAAAUGAAUGCAGCACUUUAUAUUAUUUCACUCAAGUAAAUUGCUCUCUUGAAUUAUAUAAUAAAUAUUUCAUAUUUCAGACAGUACUUUUUAAGUAUUUUGUGUACUCAUAUUAGUUCUAGCAUUUUUACGAGUGUGAUUUUUUUCUUUUUCUCUCAUACAAAUCCGUUAUUUUUUUAGUUAUUUGAUGUAUAGUAAAGCCAUUAUUUUAUUUUACAGGAGUUAUACUCGUUGCAUUUUUUGUCUGUUGUCCUGAGUCUCAAACUCAAGGAAAUUGUAUUUAUAAUAAUUAAAUAAGAAUUAACCCUUUGGAUCCAGUUGUGUCGCAGCAAUCACAUGGCCAAAAAUACGAGCAGUAGGUUUCGUAAGUAGCCAUUUAGUCUGGCAUAUGGCACCUAGUCCGGGCACAUGCGAACACUUGUGCAGUGACAAGACUCAAUGCCUCCUCUUUGUACAGUUAUUUUGCAUAAACCUUUUUAGCUUUUCUGCCAUUUCCCAAUGUCCAUGUUUGUCUUUCGAUCUGCUUUAUUCAUAUGGUAAAAAAUUAUUUUCUUUGCACAGACUCCACAUCAUGUCUCUAUGUAGUAAAUAACUUGGUGCAAGAAAAAAUAAAUAGGUAACAUUUUGUUCUUUGUGUCAAAUAUUUUAUUUUUUCGUUAUUAUCAACUUUCUGUAAUACAACUUGCACUGCCAGUCACGACAGCCAGGAAUAUGAUGCUAAGCAUAGAAAUGGCAUCCUUCCUGGUGCCAGCACUCUUCCAGUCAAAUUUCUUACUUACUUAUCAACAGAAAUAAUGCAAAAGCCCCCUUCUAAACACCAAGCGAGUUAAAUCACACUCCAUGAGGUUUGUGCACUCAUGGCAAGUCUUUUCUGUCACUCUUGCCUUCGUUCAUGACGGCAAGUUCGAGUGACCUGGCCCUCAACCAAAAUUUUUUCAUACGUCACCUGGAUCAAAGGGGUUAAGUAAAUUAGCCAAGAAAAAAAUCUUUUUGUAUGUAUAUAUAGUGCAUUUAAUAAGGUUUAGGGUUUUUUUGAUUUAUCUUGUAUUGUUAAAUUAAAUACUUGAUAAUCCUUUUGUAAUAGAAA